UGGGAACUGUAGUUUGUAUAAGAAUAACUUUCUCAGCAGGAGAUUAUGUCCUCCUUUCUCCCUUCGGAAAUUCUGGGAAGUGUAGUCCGGGCUGCUAAUGAGGGAAGAGUCACUUCCGCCCCAGGUGUGCGAGGCCUUGUCCUGUUCCUUUCAGAAAGGUCUCCAUCGUUUCCUAGAUAAAAGGAGGAGAAAAUGACCAAAUUGCAGGAGAUGGUGACCUUCAGGGACGUGGCCGUGGUCUUCAGCGAGGAGGAGCUGGGGCUGCUGGAUGCUGCCCAGAGGAAGCUGUACCGAGAGGUGAUGCUGGAGAACUUCAGGACGCUGCUCUCAGUGGCACAUCAGCCUUUCAGUCCGGGUCUGAUAGCCCAGCUGGAGAAUGACCAGAAACUCUGGAUGGUGGCGGCCGACGCCCAAGCGGGUGGGCUCUCAGGAAGAAGGGGUGGACAUACUGUGGAGAACGCUGAAGACACAGAGGAAUUAAACUCCCUUUGUCCCGAGGAACUCUCCUGUCAGACCUGGCCAUGGGGUCCAGAGUUUAUAAAAAGAUGCCAAGAGAGUACCAGUGAAUCUCGGCGCCGAGGAGGGCCUCCCUGCCUGCUGUGGGCAGGAACGCCCGUUCAGAUUUCCAAAGACGGGAAUUACGUGUUGCCUCCUGUACAUGAAGACUCUGCUUCCAUAGAACAUCCAGAAUUUCCUUCUCGGAGAUGCCAGCAGUCAUGGGAGGAGCCACAUCUCAGCAGGCCCUGUAAUUGCCUGUGGAAAGGUCAGCGAACAUCAUUAAGGUAUCACUUCUGUAGGUGUGACAGCGUCGGCUGGUCCUCCUACCACAGUGAUGAGGGGCUACAUGGCAAAGGAAAAAGCUACUGUUUCCAUGACCACAGAGGAGAGACCGUGAAGGCAUCAUUACUUAAUCAGGACUUGAUUGAAUUAGGGCCAGAGCCCUGCCCAUGUACCAAGUAUAGAAAAUCCUGGGGCCAUGACGAUAGCCACCACAGCUCUCACACGCAUCAGCAGUGCCGCUCAAGAGGGAAGCCCCAUACACACAGUCCGUGUGGAGAGGGCUGUGGGAAUAGGUCAGCUCUUCGUGGCCAUCCAGUUCUUGAGACAGGAGAUGAAGGUGCUGUCGGGAGCCCACCUCCUCAGUCACCUCAGAGAGCACAUAUGGAGCAAGCGCCACACAAGUGCAGCGAGAAUGUCCACCAUGGUUCCCCUCUCAACACUUGUGGGUGUGCGCACCCAGGCAACACCUCCCAGAAGUGCAGCAUCCCGGAGCAAGCUGUCGGUAGUUGUUCCCACCGCAAGAGUACGUUUAGGGCUCAUUCUAGAGAAGAACCCAAUAGUUAUGAGGAGAAUGGGAAUGUUCCUAAUCAGAGUUUACGUCUUCAAGUGAAUCGGAAAAUCAGUGCCGAAGAGAAACUGUGUCAAGGUGCGGAGUGUAGGAAAGAUUUCACACAUUGCUCGAACCUGAACAUUCCACACAGAGUUCAUGUGGAAGAGACUCUGUGUAACCCUGACUGUGGUAACCACUUCAGUCUGCCCCCACAUUUUCAGGACUUCCCAGCAGUGCACCCCCGGGGACAACCACACAAUCGCACAUGCUGUACCAGCUUCGGUCAAACUUUGUUCCUUCAAGGCCAUCAGAAAUUUCACAUUCGAGAGAAGCCCUUUCAUAAAGAGGGUGGAAAUGGCUGUAACUGGGGUUCCACCCCCAAGGAUUGUGAGAAACAGAUGCUGCAUAAAUGCAGCGCCCGUGGGAAGGGCUUCAGUCACACACGGGCUCUUCAAGUUCAUCAGAGAAUCCACACAGGGGAGAAGCCAUUCAAGUGUGGGGAGUGUGGGAAGGGUUUCAGCCGGAGUGCCUACCUUCAAGCCCACCAGAGAGUUCACACCGGAGAGAAACCAUACAAGUGUAGGGAGUGUGGGAAGGGGUUCAGCCGGAGUGCAUACCUGCAGGGCCACCAGAGAGUUCACACCGGGGAGAAACCGUACAAGUGUGAGGAGUGUGGGAAGGGCUUCAGCCGGAGUUCACACCUGCAGGGCCACCAGAGAGUUCACACCGGAGAGAAACCCUACAAGUGUGAGGAGUGUGGGAAGGGCUUCAGCUGGAGCUUCAAUCUUCAGAUCCAUCAGCGGGUUCACACCGGAGAGAAACCCUAUAAAUGUGGAGAAUGUGGCAAAGGCUUUAGUAAGGCCUCGACUCUCCUGGCUCAUGAGAGAAUCCACACAGGAGAGAAACCUUACCAGUGUCACGAGUGCGGCAAGAACUUUAGUCAGAAAUCCUACCUUCAAAGCCAUCAGAGCGUGCACUCUGGAGAGAGACCAUAUAUAUGUGAGGUGUGUGGGAAGGGCUUCAGUCAGAGAGCAUACCUACAAGGUCACCAGAGAGUCCACACGCGAGUGAAGCCAUAUAACUGUGAGGUGUGUGGGAAAGGCUUCAGUCAGGGUUCCCGCCUCGAGGCACACCGGAGGGUCCACGCAGGGGGAAAACCAUACAAGUGUGAGACGUGCGCAAAGGGCUUCAGCGAGAGCGCCCGCCUCCAGGCGCAUCAGAGGAUCCACGCAGAAGGGAGAGCCUACAAGUGUGAACUGUGCGGUAAGGGCUUCAGCGGCUAUUCCGGUCUCCAAGCCCAUCGGCGAGUCCACACGGGGGAGAAGCCAUACAAAUGCGAGGUGUGUGGGAAGGGCUUCAGUCAGAGAUCCAAUCUCCAGGCUCAUCAGCGUGUGCACACAGGAGAAAAACCUUACACGUGCGAUGCGUGUGGUAAGGGUUUCCGUUGGAGCUCGGGCCUCCUGGUCCAUCAAAGGGCCCACAGCAAUGAUAAGUUCUGUAGGAACGGAGAGCUCGGAAGCAGUUAUCCGCCUGAGAACCUGUGCAGAAACGAAGGCCUGUAACGCCGUUCUGUUUUGUUAAUGGAGACCUACUGUUUGUACCCACCAUGAACACCGACGGUGGUUGGGAAGGGACACAGCAUUGCAAAAAAAGGACUUUACUGAGAGUUUUCAAAACCUCAACAAGCUAUGGCCGAGAACCAAGAACUUCCCAACACCACACACUUCAGCGGGGAUUAACAAAAGAAUGAUAUCCACUCCACCAGUAGCAUUAGCUUGGUCACAGGAGAGCCUGUCCGCCGGCAAGGCUGCCGGGUGUGACUGGAGAGAUGGCUCAGCCGUGACAAGCGCUGGCAGUUUUGAAGAGGACCACAUGGCAGCUAUCUGACACCCUCACGGUGCCCAGACGUACGUGACUUUCCUCUACAGGAAAAUAAAUGAAUAAAACGAAGCCAUGCGCCUUCAUGACUUAACGCAUUCCUUACUCAGUGCUUUUUGCUCCAUGAGUAAAAAUAUGCAAAGACACAA